AUAAGAAAAUAACAAAAUAAAGUUGUGAUUUUUGGGAAAUUAUGUUAAUAAAAAAAAAAAGAAAAAGUUAUCAUGUGGGGAUAAAGUCCCUCCAACAUUUUGUAACAAUGUAUAAAUUCUCAAGAGACAAUACUCCUGAAAUCAAACUUGUGUAUACUUUAGAGUAGUCAGUGUACAGCUUGUAUAACAAGUUUCAUUUCAAUAGUAUUGUCCCUUCAGAAGAUAAGUGUCAGAAAAUACUUGUUGAAAUGUGAGGCGUGUAUGGUGUUCCCUCCUUUAUCACGGGGGACGGGUUCCCAAAAUAGCCCGCAAUAAGUGAAGUAGCCAACUUCAUUUGUUUACCGUUGUUAAUGUUGUUGUAUGUUUCAAGGCUGUAAAACCCUUCACAAUACACUUUCUACACUUUCCUCAGACAGGCAGUAACGUUUUCUCACACUUUAAACACUCGCAAAGUUCAAAUUUCCUUUGAAUUUUAAUGAUCAACCCACUAGGUUGGACACAAGAAAUGAUGAAGUGACUCACGGUAUUCCCUCCUCUGAUGUGCCUCGUCCUUUUUGUAUCCUUGUUAAAACAUAUUAGCCGGUUAGCUUCUUCUCCUUAUGUUGUUUAGCAAGCAGCUCACACAAUUAGCGAGUUUGCUAGCAAUGGCAAGACGAAGAUUGAUUGACAAUGGUCUACGGCCAAUCAGGACGCAGCACACAAUGGGCGGAUCCUCCUUUAGCUAAUAAGGACUGCCGUGGCUCUAUAUUUAGCCGGCUAUUGUCUACUGUGGUUUCCUGAUACUGUAUGCUCAUAUAAGCACGUGGAGCUGCACACGUCUUCAACAUGAGUAUACAACACCCUCUACUGUUAGCAGUAGUAAAUACACGAACAUACACAUAGAACACACAGCAGCACCCAUAGAUCGCUCUAAUACGCCACACGGACGCAGAACACAGUGCGCGUUCAUAUGCUGUUAAAAAACAUAUGCUAAUCAGCGAAAGGUGAACCGUAUACAUUUUAGUCACAGCAAAAUAGUAUAUUACCACAGUAUGAUAUAAUAUAUUAUUAUUAUUAUUAUUAUAAUAUAUUAUUUAGUCAACUAAAGUGUUUGCAUUGACAUGAAAUAGAAAAUAAGAAUAACAGUGAAAGGAGAAAUGUCCUUAGCUUUGUGAAAAUGUGUUCCCCAGAGCAGUUUAGUAAAAGGCCCUGAGGUACAGUGUGACCAUGUCAUAAUUGCAAUAUGGCCGCCGCCAUCAUUGUGAUGCAAAUGUGAGGAAGCCUUGCAGCUUUGAAGAGGGGGAGGGAAGAGGAAGGAGGAGGUUUAGGGUAAAGAUGCAAUUGAGGGAUUUCUUUUGAGAGGCCCAAAUGCCAAAUGUUCUCUCAGGGCGGCACACAAACCACAUUUGUGGCCCCCAGACCCACCCACCCACACCCCCACCACACACACAACAAUAGCAGCCAGGACUUUCUCACCAAUCCUGCAGCCCAAUCCUGACAAGAACCUGCACCAGCAGCCAUGACACCCAGGGAAAAGCUUUUUUAGUGGUGGUGAUGACGGAGCAGGAAGAGGACCCCCCCCCCUCCCAACCCCACCUCUGUCUAGGUCCUCCGGGUCUAUGCAGCCAGUAGACGUUGGCAUGUGGCUGGGAUUAGGACAUUUCACUGUGGAUUAAACUCUUUUGGUGCAAGAAGGAAAGAGUCGCACCACCAGAACCACUCUGGACUCAGGUUCCAGAAUGUUCCAGCUGCUCCACGGUCACAUCCAGCCAAGCAGGCACCCGAGUCGCAAAACCCGCCUGGUCACCAAAGACGGGCGCUGCAACAUCGAGUUCGGCAACAUCCACAACCACUUCACCUACCUGGUGGACUUCUGGACCACGUUUGUGGAGAUUCGCUGGCGCUUCGUGCUCCUCCUGUUCGUGGCGUCCUUCACCGGGAGCUGGUUCAUCUUCAGCCUGCUGUGGUACUGGAUCGCCAAGAGCAACGGUGACCUGAUGGGACAGACCGGCACGGACGGCCACGUCAUGUGCAUCGCCAACGUCAACAGCCUGACCACGGCGUUCCUCUACUCGCUGGAGACGCAGACCACCAUCGGCUACGGCGGCCGGGCCCUGACGGGGCAGUGCCCCGGCACGGUAGCCGUCAUCGUCCUCCAGUCGGUGGUGGGCGUGUUCAUCAACAGCUUCAUGUGCGGCGUCAUCCUGGCCAAGAUCUCGCUUCCAAAGCGGCGAGCCAAGACGGUGAGCUUCAGCGACAUGGCCGUCAUCUGCCUCAUGAAAGGGAAGCUCUGCCUCCUGAUCCGCGUGGCCAACCUCCGCAAGACUCUCCUCAUCAGCAGCCAGAUCUACGGCAAGCUGCUGAGGACCACCACUACGCCCGACGGCGAAACCUUCAUCCUGGACCAGCUGGACAUCAACUUCACGGUGGACGCCGGUAAGGACAACCUGUUCUUCGUUUGUCCGUUGACCCUCUACCACAUCAUCAACCGCUCCAGCCCCUUCUACGAGCUGUCGGCCGACACGCUCCCCCAGCAGGACUUUGAGCUGGUGGUCUUCCUGGACGGCAUCGCCGAGUCCACCAGCUCCUCCUGCCAGGUGCGGACCUCCUACAUCCCGCAGGAGAUUCAGUGGGGGCACAACUUCCUGCCCAUCAUCUCACGCACCAAGACGGGCAAGUACAGCGUGGACUUCUCCAACUUCUCCAAAAGCGUGCGGGUGGGCACGCCGCACUGUGCCCAGUGCUUCGAGGGCAACCGGAACCACCAGCACAUGAAGGACAGUCAGAAGAACCAGCAGAAGAUGGGCAUCGACAACUUAGGCUUCCACGUCAUUGACAUUCACAACGCCGUGGACGUCACCAAGAUGUAAGGUGCUCUUAAAGGACGUCCUCCAAAGCAGAACCUCCGCAGUCCAACGUGGUCCAACGCCGUCCUUCGCUAGAAGUCAUCUGUUCCUGGGUCAAACUGGACAGCCUAGGGCUGACUUUUUCUUCUUGCACGAAGGUGUCACACACAGCACUAUAAAAAAAACCCAUUGUAACUCAUACAAGCGUAAAAAGAAGCUAAGCACCAUUCAAAAUAAUGCAAAAUUACUCUGCAUGAGUGAUGUUAGGAGAUGUGACGUUAGAUGACAUGACCUUUCACACUGCAUGGAGACCGAGCCAACAUGCCAUGGCUGAGAUUAAGUGGGGGAAAAAAGAGGUUCUCCUCUCAUUCCGUGUGGAAGUGGUACGUUUUUGGCUUCUUUGUCCUUCUUCCCCACUCCUUUCGAAGCACUUUCUUAAGUUGAGAAUGAGUCAAUUAGAGAGACGAGUUAGCUCGGUAGCUUGCUAUGCUAGCGGCGGCCGUCUCUUAUGUCCCUGCAGAGAUCCCAUAGCCUUUGCAAUGUGAUGUAAACAAAGAAUAGGAGUGUACAAGUGACUAAAGGGGUGUUAUUUCAUGUCUACAGGGCUCUAAUACUGUUAAAAAUCGUAUUUAGAAAGUCACAAACAGGUUUAACCACUAAACGAUUCUGUUUAUUAAUAUUGAAUCCGCUCCAUCGCGGUUCAAACAUCUCCCUCACUCUAUCGUAGGUUUUCAAAAAUGUAUUCAUUCAUAAAUGGUAGCUGUUAUUAGCCAAAAAAUGCGUAUUUAAGCCAGUGUUACGUAUUCCAGGCCUAAAUGAAGCAUGACAAUGUUCUAAAUGAACUACAAGACAUUGAUGACCUGUAGUCUACGCUGGCCACUAGGUGUCACUAGUAACACACCAGACUUGAUCGCCAACUACAGGCUUUUAUUAUUUUAUCAUCAUUUAUCCCAACAGGCGCAAUAAUAACAACAGUAAUAAUAAUCAUCAUAAAAAUAACAGGGGCUACUGUUGUGGCCGUACAGCAACUAAAAUGCAACCCUGAAUCAUCUACGUCACUUCCUGUCCGCAUGUCUGGGAGACAUUUAUUGAAACACACGCAAGCACGAGUCUUAUUUAGGUCUUAAAUGGCUUAUUUCCCCUGCUUCCAUCUACUAUAUUGGGUAAUAGGAGUGUAAAGGUGACCAUAGGGGUGUUAGUUCAUGUCUAGAGGGCUCUAAUAAUGGUACAAAUAGAAAAUCAAAAUAAAAAAUAGAAAGUCAUAAACAGGUUUUCUGUGCUCAAACUACAAAAAUAUUCCGUUUAUUACCACUGAAUCCUGCUUCACCAAAAUUCACUUAUCGUGGUCUUGUUUGGACUACAAGUGGAAAAAGAAGUUCAUCACUGCUGAAUUUCAAAUCAUGCCCAUCUCAACUUUUCUUCUCGCAUGAAAACGUCACGCAUCGCGCUAUUUAAAAAAAAUUUAAGUGUAAAAAGAAGCCAAUCGCUAUUUAAAAAAAACAACUAAAUUGUGGCGCUAACUGAUGCAAAAUUUGUAUUACUAUUAUUAAAAACGAUGCUUAUUUACAUGUUUGAAUAGUUCCUGUUGUUGACGUACGGUUGCGUCAGCCAUGUUGUCCUGAGCAGCCAGGACGGGGACGUACAUCAAUUAAGCGCCCCUGAAAUAAAAAUGUCCAUGAUAAAUUUAGCCACAAGGACGGAUUACUACUUAUUACUUUUUGUAUGUAAUAAUCGUGAGUGGCACUUUAAGAAAACACAAGUCAUACAAGUGUAAAAAGAAGUUAACCACUCACUAUAAAGCAAAAAAAAACAACCAAAUUGUAGCCUUAACUCGCCAAACCGCUAAUAAAAGUCUUCUUAAAAAUGCACUGUUUUCCAUUCUUUCCAUUGCUCCUACUUCCUCACGACAUGCGUCGCAUUUAAAAAUAAAAAUAAAUAUAUUCACCACUGUUGUACAAGCGUAAAAAGAAGUUAACAUUAUUAAAAUUAAAAACUUUAAAAGCCUAAACUGCAGCCGUAGCUGAUGCUAACUUACUAUUAUUAGUAGCAGUCCUAAAAAUACAGCUCAUUUUCAUCCUUUCAUUAUUACUCCAAUUAUUGUUGCAUUAUGGAUGCUGCAGCCAUAUUGUACUGAGCAGCCAGGACAGGGACGUGCAAGUGGGAACGGAAGACAAAUCCAAAAUGUCCGUUUUAGCUUCGAUGGCCGAGGAGGAUUAGGAGGUUUUGUUUUAAUUCACAGCUGUCAAAAAAGUGUGAAAAGAAGCCACCCACCUAAAAACAUUUAUUAAUGACAAUUAUUUAAAAAAUAAUAAACAUUUCAUGAUUUGUUAUCAUUACACUUGCCUCAGCCAUAUUGUGCUGAGCUGCCAGGACAUGGAUGAGAUGCCUGUACAGCUUUUUGUUUUGUUUUGUGCUGGUUCUAUGGUUAUCUUCAUACUUUUCCUCUUGGAAAACCGGAGUGUCUGUGGUGGUAUCCCAAAAAACAUCCAACAAAGAAAAAUGUUUCUUUUCAAAAAGCAAAUUCCUGAUGGUUGGACUUUAGAGGAGCUGGGAUAGGCUCCAGCAUACGACCCUAGUGAGGAUGAGCGGCAUAAGAAAUGGAUGGACGGGUGGACUUCGGAGGUUCUGCUGCACUGUGAAGGACGUGAAGGAUUCUGAGCCAAGAGUGCAUCGAAAUGAAAAAAUGGGGUUCAAGAAGUGUGUGGCACAGUAGGUAGUACUUGAGGAGAUUAAGUCCUAAGCCUGUUUUAAUGGAAAAACUACACAGUAGGGGAGGUUAAGAAAAUCAAAUAAUAACGUCAUCAUGGCCUUUUAGCACUUUGUCAUUAAACACUUAAGUCAUCCUGACAGAUCAGCUAGGAACACCGCUGCUAAAUGCAACCGUUGUGGAGUAAAGUUACGCAAUAAAAACAUCUAUUUCCACAAUAACGUCUCGAGGUCGGU